AUGCCUGCUGUUAUCGCUGGUCGCAUUCUCUUUCAAGAGACGUGGAGAAUGGGAAUUGGUUGGGACGAGGAACUUCCCGCUCUUGCGAAAGCAAAAUGGCAGACUUGGUUUGCAAGCUUAGCAAAAAUUUCAACAGAAGUCACAAUACCGCGUUACUACCAAACCAAGCCUGCUAUAGAAAGCCAACUUCACAUUUUAGCAGACUCAAGUGAGUUAGCCUACGCCUGCGUAGCGUUUUGGCGUUUUAUUCGGGAGGACGGGACGGUUCAUCUCUCUCUCGUAGGUGGAAAGGCGCGCUUAGCUCCAUUAAAACCGGUAUCUAUCCCACGGCUGGAGCUACAGGCGGCACUCGUAGCUACUAGAUUCGCAACAUAUAUUUUGGAAGCACACCGUAUCGUCACAUCGAAAAUUUUCUUUUGGACAGACUCUCUAACAGUUUUAAAAUGGUUGCGUAGUGACGCGCGGACUUUUAAACCGUUUGUAGCUCACCGUGUUGGGGAGAUAUUGGAAACUACAGAUGUAGCUGAUUGGCACUAUGUACCAACGGCACUGAAUGUAGCGGACGAUGCUACACGCGGGCAGUGUACUCUCUCUUCGACCUCCCGUUGGUACACUGGUCCAGAUUUUCUUCAUGGCCCUCCGGAACAAUGGCCGCGCGAGCCAGCAAUUGGUUCCCCACCGGUACUCGAGGAGUUAAAACCAGAGCAUGCGCUAACAUUUCUAUUAACUGAAGAACCGACAGUUCCAUCCCCGGUAAUUGCAAAUCCUAAUCGUUUUGAUCGAUGGAUUCGGUUAGUUAGGGCAACUGCUCGUGCACAUCAUUGUGCCAAGAUCUUUCGGUCUUUAUUAGAAAAACUUCCAAAUUCAAAAUCAAAAAAGGUCGCCUCCGAGGUUUCUUCUAAAAUUAUGAAACCCCUUUCGGCCAAGGAAAUCUUGGAGGCUGAAAGGCACCUUCUUUUAUAUUCACAACUGAAGUCGUUCAAUCACGAAUUCUUACGUCUUUCAGCAGGUCUUUCCUCAACUAAUCAAGGAAAACUUAAAAACCUAACCUUGAUGUUGGGAGAGGAUGGUUUAAUUCGCUUAAACGGAAGAAUUCGGGCAAUUUUAGAUGCUCCCACGCAGGAAGUUAACCCAAUUGUCUUGGACGGUCGACAUUUAAUAAUACGACUAUUUCUCGAUUACUACCAUCGAAAGUUUGGUCACAGUAACACUGAAACUGUCGUCAACUUCCUGCGUGGUAGAUAUUACAUAAUAGCACUACGCUCUAGUAUUAGGUCUGUUGCUAAACGUUGCUGUUUUUGCAGAGUUAGAAAACUUCUCCCGUCUGUGCCACAAUUUGGUGAUCUACCCAGCGACAGGUUAUCACAUCAUCAGCGCCCGUUCUCUUUCACCGGUCUUGAUUAUUUUGGUCCAGUGGAGGUUACUAUUGGGCGCAGGCGGGAAAAACGCUGGGUAGCUUUAUUUACGUGCCUCACCACCCGAGCUGUCCACCUGGAAAUCGUGGCAAGCCUUUCAGCAGAUGCCGCCAUCAUGGCUCUUAGAAGAUUCAUUGCCCGUCGAGGAUGUCCUUCAAAAAUUAUCUCUGAUAACGGUACGGCCUUUGUCGGUGCAGCGAAUCAACUUGCUCAGGUGUUCGAUUUUGCAGCCAAUAACAAAAUUGAGUGGACAUUCAUUUGCCCGGCGGCUCCAUCAAUGGGUGGUUCUUGGAAACGUCUAGUCAGAUCUAUCAAGAACGCCAUUUCCGUAACCCUGCUGCAGCAGGCACCGAAGGAAGAAGUGUUGUCAACUUUACUACUGGAAGCAGAGGCCCUAGUAAACUCACGUCCACUUACGCACGUCCCUGUGGACCCUGAGACACUACAGGCUCUUACGCCGUUUCAUUUUCUGUUGGGUACACCGUCAACUGAAGCCGUUCGCCCUUGCACCGAUGCAGACUUGUACCGUCGCCUCAACCAUAAAAGGGUUCUCAGAUUGGCCGAGAUUUUUUGGGCCAGAUGGCUCCGAGAAUACCUUCCGACGCUCAUCCCCAGAAAAGCCGGGUUUACGCAAUCUGCCGCUAAUGUAGGCGAUCCGGUACUAAUAGCAGAUCAAAAUCUACCAAGAGGAACCUGGCCUAGAGGCCGAAUAUCGAAGGUUUUCCCUGGCCCAGAUGGAGUGGUUCGGGUGGUCGAAAUUACUACCAAUAAAGGGCUCUUAAAAAGACCCAUCAGAAAAGUAGUGCCAUUGCUUUUGUCGCCUCCUUAG